AUGAAAAUGCUAUUCGCAGAAAAUGGAAUCCCAAAAUCUCUUCAAUGUGAUAACGGUACUCAGUUCACAUCAAGCGAGUUCCAACAACUGGCAAGGCAAUAUGGCUUUGAAAUUGUGACGUCAAUACUCCAUUACCCACGUGGCCAUGGAUUCGUCGAACGACAAGUCCAAACGGUUAAGAAGACGAUCCUAAAGUGUAGAGAAACUAAAGAAGACAUAGAUCUAGCCCUGUUGGCUCUACGAACAACACCCCUGAGUUCCAACGUACCAUCACCGGCUGAAUUACUGAAUAGCCGAGUGUUCAAGUCCACACUUCCUGGUAAGAUCCAGCCAUCAAAGAAUCAAGAAGAAAUUAGAAAUUGGCUCAAAGCGAGAGAAGACAACCAAUGCUACUAUUACAAUAGGCACACUAAGGAACUCCCUGAACUACACAGGGACCGAGCCAUCUAUACACAAGACCCCGUGAGAAAGACAUGGAAGCCGGCUAGAAUCAUAGAUCAGGGAGAGACAUCCCGCUCAUAUCUCAUAGAAACAGGAAAUGGUGUCCAACUACGAAGAAAUAGAAUCCAUCUUAAACCAAAUAAGGCUUCUAACAACCUAGCAAACAACUUGUCGAGUUGCACUUCUCAAGAAAAUAUGACAACACAAUCUUCAAGCGCCAAUCCACGAGAGUUCACCGCAGUAGACAAUUCAUCAAACCCAUCGAGUAGCAGUGUGAUUACACGGCCCUCAAGCACCAAUCCACAAUGCCCCACCAUAACAGAGGCCGAGAAGGUUACAAGAAAAUCUCGCGUGGGACGUGAAAUCCGGGCACCGGAAAGACUUAAUCUCUGA